ACGCUGGAUGGGCUCGCACGCAAAGUCUGCUCGUACUUAACUUAACUAUUAUACAGUGUCCGCACGCUGAUAGUGUAGUCUGUUUCUACAGGCAUUUUUCCAUUACUGCUUAAAUUUAGUAUUGUUCCAUUACCCCCCAAACCAGACGUUUCUAUUCAUAAAUUCAUUAAAAUAAACUAUUAAGAAUCCUUAUUCAUCUCAUAAUGACAUCAUAAAUAUGGAUGUGGAGUCUAUGGCCGUCGAUUUAUUGUUUUAUCCCCAACUAGUAUAGUAUGACGUCACGGAUCGACACCAGUGGAGUCAGUGAUAUGAUUUUUAACAGUAAUAAUCCAAGACUACGCUAACAAGGUCGUGAGGAGAAGAGUGCACGCAAACUGGGGUGAGUGUUUAUGGCUCUCAUGCACGAAAAGACUCACGCACUUUUAUUUAUGGUGAAUAACAUCUAUGGGCUAACCAGAUCGAUUUCAUUGGUUGAUUGAGCAAGAAUGCUGAAAGAACAAGCCGUCUUGGAACGUGAUGCUUGCAUAACUUGGUUGACACAAGACUAUUUAAGGACACUCGAUAACUAGUAUCUUCACUUAUCAACCUGUUCGUCUUUAAAGGCACAUCCAAGAAUCGUCAACGAAUAUUGUUGAAGAAAAUCUUCUUUUCGAAUUUUGAACUUAAUUGUUUCUUCUGAAAGUCUUCAAGAUGUUGGACGUUAGUGCAACCACCUCGAUGAGUCCUGGGUCUCAGUAUUUGAGUCAGACCAUUGCAUCUUACUUCCUACUCGUCACUGUCGUUAUUCUCGUCACCCGAGUAUGGUUAUCAGAAUCAUCUAGGCCUAAACCAAUCAAGAUGAAGUCAUCAUCGAGCCGAGAUGACACCAGACCUCUUCCUGGUCCGUAUGGCAUCCCUGUACUUGGUAACAUGCUGUCUCUUGGUCGUUCUGAUCCACAUCUCUCUCUCAUGAAUCUCGCCAAGAAGUUUGGAUCCAUCUUCCAGAUUCGGCUCGGCAGUCGACCAGUUCUAGUUUUGAAUGGUUACGAGGCAAUCCACAAGGCGCUCAUUAAACAAGCUGUGAUCUUUGCUGGACGUCCUAAGCUCUUUACUUUCGAGCUUAUAAAUAAUGGGGGCAAUAGUGAGACAUCGCUGACUUUUGCUAAUUAUGGAGAGACAUGGAAAGUGCAUCGGAAACUGGCGGAAUCUUCUCUUCGCCAUUUCACAGCUGGUAGUCAGGUGAAGUUCGUUGAAUCUGUGGUUUCAUCUGAGGCUUCAGAACUCGUCCAACAUAUCAAAAGUAUGACAUGCGACGAGAACAACAACAACAACAACACAACUAGUACCCAAUGCAAAUCUCUUCCUGAGAAUGUUGGUAAUAUCCGAAAUGUUCUUCGCCUUGCUGUUAGUAACGUGAUGUGUUGGUUCAUGUUCAGCAAACGACAUACUUAUGAAGAUGAAGCCCUUCUUAAACUUAUAAGUAUUUCUGAUCGCUUCACAGCCGCCGCGGGUAGCGGCAAUCCAGUCGACUUUAUGCCAUGGCUCCGUAUCUUUUUCCAGAAAGCAACGAGCGAUUUUAAAGCCAUGCUUAAAGAAUUUCGUACUUUCGUUACUGGAAAUCUUCUUGACGCCCAUACAGCAGAAUACAAGGACGGUUCUGAGCGUGAUAUCAUUGAUCAUCUCGUUACAUCAGGGCGACGCUUUAACCAAGAUGAAAAUAAGAAAACAUCCAUUGAUGAGGGGGUGUUGCUGGAUACUUGUUUUGACUAUUUUGGAGCUGGGUUUGAGACUGUAUCAACUACCUUUGAAUGGUGUUUACUCUACAUGGCUGCAUAUCCUGACAUUCAGUGUAAACUCCAGCAAGAAAUCGACGAGGUGGUGGGUCAAGAUCGAAUGCCAUCUCUUCAAGACCGUGAUAAACUACCUCUUGUACAAUCUUGUAUCCUAGAAAUUUUACGCCACUCCACCCCCGUCACUUUCGCUAUCCCUCACAGUACUACCUCCGAUACGGUCCUCGACGGUUUCUUCGUUCCUAAGGAUACCGUUGUCUUCACAAACCUUUAUUCGGCUCAUUUUGACCCUGAGGUAUGGGAUGAACCAGAAAAGUUCGAUGCGAGUCGUUUCCUAACAUCGGAGGGUUCUAUCGAUCUGGAGAUGAAGAAACAUGUGAUUCCGUUUAGCGUUGGACGCAGACGAUGCAUCGGAUCAGAUUUGGCGCGAAUCGAACUCUUUCUCUUCUUCUCCAUCUUCCUCCAAAACUUUUCAAUCGAGCAUUCACAAGACGGUCCAGUGAGCAUGGAAGGGAUUGACGGGUUAGCCAGACGACCAAAACAUUUCAAUGUCAAUUUAAUUUCAAGAAAAUAAAUCGAUCUAGUUAUUUUCAAUUAAAUUUUUUAUUGUUUAGAUAUAGUACCAAAGAGAGUAUCGCGCAUAAACUAUGAAUUAAUUGUAUCCAAUAUGAAUAUAAACCAAAGAUCUCCAAUGCUGUACAGAAUAUCAAUAUUAUGUUAAUAGAUGAGAAUUUUAUUUACCGUAUGUCUGUAUGUCAUAUCUCAUGUAUUUCGUUCAAUUUGAAAGUGUUGGUAGUGUUUUAUGAAAAUCAAACAAAUCAUUUUAUAUCGAGGAAGUUUAUUUUCGGAUAGUGAAGUUUCAUUCAGUACCAAUGUCUUUCAAUAAAUGAUUGUCCAGUUAUUGUCAAGUUCUCGUCAUAUACCACUAACUGAAUUCUGCCAUCAGCAUGAUCAGUCACUGCGUUGUUACCUCAAUUUACUUGGCGAUAAACUUAGAAAGCCAAAUUGUGAAUGCAAGCCCAUAUGUAUAUAAUUAUGUAAUGUUUAUUAUGCAUAUAGUUCAAAAUAUAUGUGAAGGGCCCAAGUAUCAAAAGAAUAGACAGAUGUAAAACGGAGACAUAGUUCACAAAUUUGAUAUCGAUAAAUCGCUAAAAUCUCGAAUAAGGAUUUUUUGGCGAAAUAUUGAUAUUGGUAGUGAUGCCUUCGUUAAUAAUUUAAUCAAUUCUUUAUCGCGUAUAUAUAUAUUCGCUGUGACUAGAUUGCGGAGUUAUUUACACAUUAAAAGAAAUCAGUAAAAAAAAAUGACUAGUUAAUAGGGUCAGUUGGAUGCAACUGUUAUUCUAGUUAUAUUUGACUAUUUUCUAGUCGUAUUUUACUAUAAACAUAGUUAUUUCGGACUAGAAUAUAUGUCAGAAAUGUGACAAGAUAUAUCAGUUGCACCCAGCCGACUACUGGUCUAGUCAAUUUGACCGAUUUGUUUUAAGAGUGUAGCUAUCACCAAAGAUGUACCUAUAACAUAGAUCUUUAAAAUGUAGAAGGAAUUAUGGUUAAAUAAUCAUUUAAGUCAAUUAAGUCAUGAAAAUUUGUAUAGAUAAUAUAGUGAUUUUCAUGAAAUACACAGAUUAGGAUGGCUUAUAAGAAGGUCGGGUUUACUAUGCCUGAUUUGAAUUGAGAUAGAAGAAACAACAAACAUGACAAACCAUUUUUUUAAAUAGAAAUCGUUAGUAAACUAAAAAGAUGUGGAUUUAAUAGUAAUAAUUCUCCUUCGUUCUAGUAAACAUUGGUUAGGCACAACGCAUGCAAAAGGGGUAUGGAAACGAAGGAGCUGAAAAGUCGCCAAUGAUGUCACUCCUUCAAUUAUUUUUAUGCGAAUUUUCAAAUAUUUCAUUCUUUUUGGUCCCUUGGCCUAAACGAUUAAUUGACUCCGUGUGUACUUGUAUUACAACUGCUGGUUAUUAAAUCAAAUGUUUUCCUGAUAUCAAUUUUUAACAAUGAAAUUGGAAACCCAUAUACGUUCAUGUUAAAAGACGUUCCUAUACCGUAGUUGUUCGAGUUGGUGUUCACGAAUGAUUUCAGUGAUCAUGUUCCAGACUAAUGCUACCUUCAAACUGCUAACGAAGCGGACUCCAAACUGACCAAUGAUAAUGAUGUUUGAAAUAACCUAAUGAUCGGUCAGGGGUCGUUGGGGACUUUGACUAUAGCAUGAUAAAGGACUAUGUUUAUAGUGAUUUUGAUAGUCAGGAUGUUGAUUGUGGUCGCAGUCACACCAAGCAGAAAGGCUCCUGACCGGUCAAAAAUACUACAUUAUUUCCAAUGGCAAUCCAUCCAUGAAAUCAGUUAAGAUUCGGUUUUAUUGUUGUGAUUGUGACAUUACCUCUGUGUACACCAAGGACCUAUUAUGAGAGGAACAAGUCCAUGGUCCAAUGGUACAACUUUGACGGGGGAUCUUGACCGAUAUACGUCCUCGAGAGUGACAUAAUUAUAUCACUGCAUCAGACACCUUUAAACAGAGAAAGAAAUAAAAUGCAACGAACGGUAUUUCCUAUUUAUAAGUUCUAGUUCCACUCGAAAAAUCAGCUAACUUUAUGGCCCAUACCUGCAUAUAGGAAAUAUAGCCCUAUGUUAUCUCCUCCAUGUCCUGUUCUUGAAUCAGAAAGUCUGAUAUCCUGUUGAAAAUUCCCCAUUAUUUUGGUAACACGUACUUCGGCUCCAAAUUAACAAAGAAAUUAGAUUGAUUCAUGAAUGUACUCUCUACUUACGUGUACUAACAUUCCAUAACAUACAUGUAAUGUAUACAAUUGUAUUGGUAUAUGUUUCCCAAUGAUAUUUAUUAAAAAUAUGAAUCAUAGAUAAAA